CAGCCAGGAUACAGGAUGGUUUCUAGUAAUGGUGGGUCCUCGGUUAUUUGUGAAAAAUGCCCAGAAAAUAUGAGCGGAGUUACUCAGGAUGGGUGGAAUUGUAUUACUUGCCCCAGAGGCCUAACUUCAGAAGGAAAAUGUAAAUGCCUCAAUAAUGAAAUAUUAGUGGAAAGAAGAAUGGAUGGCAUUUUGCUUAAUGAAGCAUUGUGCAUACAUUGUAAUGGAAGUGAGCAAUCAUUCUCUGCUUCAGAUGCAUCAGGAAAUAGGUGUGUAAGAUGUGAACAAACAUUCAUCAAUGUAAGCAAGUCUUGUGACUGCAGCAGCCCAAAUGUUUUAACUGGGGGAUUGUGUUUCAGUGCUAGUGAAAGCUUACCCCCAAAGGGAGUUGCAACUGUUCGUUUUGCACAGCUAGGUAUAACACUGACAUCAGCGUGGUUUCUGAAAAACCUGCAGUCCUCAGCCUCUGCCUGUUGGUUGUACUCUAAUCUAACAGCAUGCCAAGCUCUUGGAAAUAUGUGUGUGAUGAAUAUGAACUCACUGAGUUCUUCAAGUACUGAUGCCUGUGGUUUAUUUCAGUAUAUUUAUGUCAAUACAGCAAGGCUAGGCAUUGUUCAUUCAAUAGCCUUCUGGAGGCAUAAUCUUCCAUGGCUAUAUUAUGGUGAUCAACCAGGAUUAGCAUCCCAAGUGCUUGAGGCAAAUCAUUUCCCUGCAAUCUUCAGUUUUAAAGGAACAGAUAAGGAUGUAAAGCUGCAAUUUAUUGCAGCCUCAUUUGAUGCAGCAGGAAACUUUCUUAAAUGGCAAAGUGUGGAAGGAGGCAUCUUACAGCUUUGUCCUGAUACCCAAACUAAAUUGAAUGCAGCUUAUGCAUUUGGAACAACUUACCAACAAAGUUGCAAAAUUCCAGUUUCGAAGAUUUUAUCAGAUUUUGCUAAUCCAAUCUUUUAUGACCUAUUCCUUGAAUAUAAUGGUGACAAUGGACAACAAUAUCUUUGGGCCGUGCCAGUUUUAAACUUGAAUCUUCAGUACAGUGAAAUGUUUGUUAAUCAAGGCAGUAAUAUGAACAACUGGCUUUUGACUCGUCGAUUUUUUUUGGUGGACAUGCUAAGUGGAAAAGAGAAUGACUUGGGAAAACUACCAAGAGUAAUUCGGAUUGCUAGCAAAAUAAUAAUAAGUAUUCGUCUGGUAUCCCAUACUCAGAGAGGAACUAUCUACCCUCCUCUAAUUACUAUUGCUUACACGGAUGUGCUUGUCCAAAACCCUGAAACCCAGAGUGUGAUGGUUUCCUUCUCAGUCAAUUAUGAGAUGAAUCAGUCAGAGGCUCAGAUUCAGACUGAUAUCACGCUGGGUGUUUUGGGUGGGCUCGCAGUGUUAUGGUCCCUUCUCAAGACUGCAGGCUGGAAGAGGCGUACAGGAAGCUCUAUAAUUGACUUGCAGACAGUUUUGAAGUUCUUACUGUUUUAUGCUGGAGACCUUGCCAACGUUUUCUUUAUCAUCACAGUGGGCACAGGGAUUUAUUGGCUUGUGUUCUUCAAAGCUCAGCAGUUUGUUUCUGUCCUUUUACCACUACCAUCUCAAGAAGAAGAUUUUGUUACAUACAUAGCGUGUGCAUUUAGUUUAAAGGCUCUGCAAUUCUUACAAUUGCUGGUUUCACAACUUACUAUAGAUAUUUUCUUCAUUGACUGGGAAAGACCUAAGGGCAAAGUUCUUAAAGCAGUUGAAGGUGAAGGUGUUAUUAAAAGUGCUGCUGCACCUGUGAGCAUAUGGAGGACAUAUUUUAUAGCAAAUGAAUGGAAUGAAAUUCAGACAGUGAGGAAGAUAAAUCCCCUCUUUCAAGUUCUUGCAGUUCUUUUUUUUCUGGAGGUGGUAGGAUUUUCAAACCUGGCUUUAAUGGAUUCUUCUUCUAGUCUUACAAGAAGCAGUGAGAGUUUCAUAGCUCCUUGGAGCCGUAUUUUAAGAUUUGGUGUGUCUGCUGCACUCUGGCUAGCCAUUGCCUUCUUACAGAUUAUAUUUUUUUCUGUGUUUUAUGAAAGAUUUGUUGAAGAUAAGAUAAGCCAAUUUGUUGAUUUAUGUUGCAUGAGCAAUAUUUCAGUGUUUCUCUUGUCACACAGCUGCUUUGGUUAUUAUAUCCAUGGUCGCUCUGUGCAUGGACAUGCAGAUACCAAUAUGGAAGAAAUGAAUAUGAACCUAAAGAGAGAAGCAGAAAAUCUAUGUAGUCAGAGAGGUUUGUUACCGAACACAGAUGGCCAGACAUUUCAGAUUUCCAUUUCAAGAAAAAUGCGACUGCACUAUGACAGGAUUCAUGAAACCCUGACAAGAAAACGUGGUCCUGCUAGGCUUUUGGACUCAUCUGCAAAUACUUUCGAACAAAGCACAAGGGCAUACAACACCAUGAACAAAUUUCUCAAUUCUUUUAUUGAUCACGUUCAUAAAGAAAUGGAUUAUAUUGUUAAAGAUAAGUUGCUGCUUGAACGGAUUCUUGGCAUGGAGUUCAUGGAACCACUAGAGAAAAGUAUUUUUUACAAUGAUGAAGGACACUCUUUCAGUGAUGUUCUCUAUUACGGCAAUGAGACAACACUGCUCAUCUUUGAUAUCCUGUUUUUCUCCAUUGUGGAUCUGGCUUCCCAGAGUUUUGUUUUGGCAGCUAUUCUAACAUAUUUGCAACAAGAGAUAUUUAGGUUUAUUCGUAAUACACUUGGGCAGAAGAAUUUGGCAUCCAAAACCUUGGUGGAUGAAAGAUUUCUCAUUUAA